AUGACCAUCCCACCGUUCGACAAGAUGUGGGCACAGGAUGAUGUUAUUUGCCAUCCACUGAUCCUCGCUCUUCUCGCCCGCUACCUGCGGAACAGCACGAACAUGAGCGAGGAGAAGGCCUCGGAGAUGACCUUCGCUCAUUGGCUCGGGGCCGGUGGAGAUAUCGAGGAGUUCACGUCCGGACAGUCCAGCGCAGGAUUUCCGGAGCUUGACCUCUUGGUCGUGGUGGACACCCCCUCUGGAGCUCCGGCACAGACACAGCACAGGGACACGAUCCUCCCCGGCCCAUGCGCGUCGUUGGGUGUGCACAUUCCUCUCACUCCAAUGCAGGCGGAGCCUCUGAACGGAGCGAUCGGAUUCUUCCCAGGUUCGCACGUCCUCAAAGGCGAGCUCGCCGGGGAGAAGUCCCAGGAGCUGGUGGGUGCUUCCGCGCCUGGCUCGGUGAUCCUCUACGACUCCUUCACGGAACAUCGCGGGCUUGAGAACGAAAGCUCGGAGCCCCGCGCUGCCCUCUUCGCUUGGUUCCGCGUGCCGGGCGUCUACACUGGGCACACGGAGGAGAAUUUCGGCCCCGAGGGGCUGCGCCGGGCUGAUGAGUUCCGUCGUUACGUGCGGCCGCGGCUGCGGAAGGUAGCCACCGAGCAGCGCGACGCUUGUCCAGGGGCAUCGGGACCUGCGGCAGAGGAAUCCUGGGGCUUCUCCCAAGAUUCGGAGCUCGUGCCCUGGACCCGGAACUGGGGAGAAGAGCGCUGCUGCUUUCGCUGCAAUUGCACGGCGCUGCAGGGGUGGCCCGCGCCUCCG